AUGUCUAGCUUGAGAUUCUCGCAGAUCCUCUGGAAGGCCGCUCCAAGAGCAAGUCGUGUCACUCGUUUGGUGUUUCUCACUUGCAAGGAGCAGGUUCGGCAGAUAAGCUUGCACGAGUAUCAGUCGCAAAACAUUCUGAGACAGUAUGGCGUCCCUGUUCCUCGCGGCCGAACCGUGAAAACGGCCAGUGAGGCCCGCAUUGCAGCACAAGAGCUGGGCCCGGCAUGCAUCAUCAAAGCCCAGGUCUUGGGUCGUGGACGAGCCGCCGGCAAGUUCGACAAUGGCCUCAAAAGCGGCAUCCAAGCCGUUUCCACCCCGGACCAAGCCGAGCACGUGGCAUCCAAAAUGCUCAACCAGAGACUUCUCACAAAGGACAAUGGCACCGACGGCCAUGUCGUGGAGAAGCUCUUCGUCGCCGAGGCAGCAACUUACGAUUCUCAAUGGUACCUCGCCAUGACGAUUGAUCGGGAAAACUACCAGCCCGCCAUCAUUGUCUCCAAAGAGGGUGGGGUUGAACUCGAUGUUCUCAUUAGCGAACGGCCUGACAGCCUGUUUACCUUUGGCUUUGGCAUAUCGGAGGGCAUCACCAAUGCCUUGGUGCAAGACAUCCAGCAGCGUCUGGGCACGACAGACCAAGAAACGGCAAACUUGACUCAUAUCCUAACCCAACUGUACAGCAUCUUCCGAGACCGAGAAGCCACUCAUCUUGAAAUCAACCCUUUGGGACGAUCACUCGACGGUUCCUUCACCAGCUUAAACGCCAAUUUCAAAUUUGACAAGGCCGCCGAACAAAGGCAGGAAGAAGUCUCUGCGCUGCGCGACAAGGCGCAAGAAGUCCCCGACGAAGUGGAAGCCGAAAAACACGGCCUAGUGUACGUCAGAAUGGACGGAAACAUUGGCAACGUCGUCAACGGCGCGGGUUUAGCCAUGGCCACCAACGACGCCAUUGGGUUCCACGGCGGAGCGAGCGCCAACUUUCUAGACGCAGGUGGAAAGGCGACCAAAGAUACCAUGAUCCAGGCGUUCCGGAUCAUUACGCGCGAUGAGAGAGUCAAGGCCAUUCUGGUCAACAUUUACGGCGGUACGUACGUGAUCGGACGAUGGUCAAUGGGUAAACUGACAGGUGGGCGGGUAGGCAUCACGCAAUGUGACAUGAUUGCCGAGUCAAUUAUCGGCGCAACGAGCGAGUUGGACAUCCAAGUACCCAUGGUUGUGCGGCUGCAGGGCACAAAUUCCGAAAAGGGAUUGAAGAUGGUGAGUGUCUAUGAUGAAGUCAAGAUUGAGGUUCGGACAAGCGCUGACAAGGCCGUUAGCUCGAGGAUGCAAAUCUGGGGCUGGUCGUGGAGUCGGACUUUGGGCAGGCGGCGAAGCGGGCGGUUGAACUUGCAGUGUCGAGAUAGAGUCUGA